GGCAUUCCCAUCAGAGUGCCCCCUUACAUCAGGCAUUCCCAUCAGAGUGCCCCCUUACAUCAGGCAUUCCCAUCAGAGUGCCCCCUUACAUCAGGAAUUCCCAUUAGAGUGCCCCCUUACAUCAGGUUUUCCCAUCAGAGUGCUCCUUUACAUCAGUUGUCCCCAUCAGAAUGCUCCUUUACAUCAGUUGUCCCCAUCAGAGUGCUCCUUUACAUCAGUUGUCCCCAUCAGAAUGCUCCUUUACAUCAGUUGUCCCCAUCAGAGUGCCCCUUUACAUCAGUUGUCCCCAUCAGAGUGCUCCUUUACAUCAGUUGUCCCCAUCAGAGUGCCCCUUUACAUCAGUUGUCCCCAUCAGAGUGCUCCUUUACAUCAGUUGUCCCCAUCAGAGUGCCCCUUUACAUCAGUUGUCCAUAUCAGAGUGCCCCUUUACAUCAGGUAUCCCCAUCACAGUGCCAACUUACAUCA